AUGGAUUUUAGAGAGGAUUUUAAAGAGGACUUUAGAGAGGAAUCACUAAAGGUUCUCAUUACUAGUCCCAAAGUGUUUUCCAGCUCUCUGUGGCUCUGCUGGUGUUCUGGGACCAUUUUGCUGGACACAUUGAAAGCACGCUUCAGCAGUGCAAAGGCACAGUGCUUCCUGAAUUCAGCCCAUCUUCUGGGAUUCAACAAGGAGAACCAAGACUGGAAGACAGUGCUACAGCAGGACAGAGAGUUGAAUACACCCUCCAGAGAAUACCAGAAGUUUAUAUGUGCUCUCUCAUCUUGCAAACCGGGAUUUGGAGUGGAUCAAUUACAAGAUGACAAUCUAGAAACUUACUGGCAGUCAGAUGGCUCCCAGCCUCAUUUAGUGAACAUCCAAUUCAGAAGAAAAACAACAGUGAAGACAUUAUGUAUUUAUGUGGACUACAAAUCUGAUGAAAGCUAUACUCCAAGCAAGAUCUCAGUCAGAGUAGGAAAUAAUUUUCAUAAUCUUCAAGAAAUCCGGCAACUUGAAUUGGUGCAACCAAGUGGCUGGAUUCACGUUCCCUUAACUGAUAAUCAUAAGAAGCCAACUCGUACAUUCAUGAUACAGAUUGCUGUUCUAGCCAAUCAUCAGAAUGGAAGAGAUACCCACAUGAGACAAAUUAAAAUAUACACACCCGUGGAAGAGAGCUCCAUUGGUAAAUUUCCUACAUGUACAACUACUGAUUUCAUGAUGUAUCGCUCAAUAAGGUGA